AUGGAGUUCUUAAAGAGGGAAGCUCUAUUUCAGCAUCUUCCUUUGUUAAAUAAAGAAAUGCUUUUACUGCUUAUUGACUCAGCUCUGCUUUAUUUAACUCAUAGAAAGCAGUAUUUUGACUCAGGAGAAUUUUAUGAACAAGCAUUAGGCGUAGGCUGCCAGCUAUCUAAAAAUGAAUUUAAGUCAGCUUGUGAAGGCUUGACUGUACUAAUAGAAUGGAUGCUCAAAAACAACCCAGAAAAUGCUGGAAGAUUUACCUUUCUUAAUAUUUUAUCUACCCAUUCUGCCUUAGGUGAAGAUUUGUUGACUGAAAUCGAUGGAUUUUUCACAAGAAAAAUCAAAGAAUAUGCAGACAAAAAGCCUUUAUUUGGGAACUUGCAUUUAAUAGACGUAGACUGGAAUGCAGGGAUUACGGUAGCUACAGACUCUUCUAAUGGGUUAAAUACUCCCUAUGUGAAGCUCCAGCUGAAUUUAGCAAACCCACAGACUGGGCUUUGCAGCAGAGAGACUAUAUCUCUUGACUAUUUAGAAUUCAAGAAUUUAUUAAGAGAAACUCGAAAAAUUAGCAGCAUAAUGAACACGCUUUAA